AUGGCUCAAACGGUUGCUGGAGGAAAGGCAUGCUGUCGGCAGAAACAAGGCGGCGUCACGAUGGCAGCUACUAGACCAGUCAAGACGAACGGAGCCACAAGUGUUAUUAACCCAGCACCACCGCCCCCACACAAGGAAAGGCACCGCGGUCAGCGCCUAAAGAGACUCGUUCUGGCACCCCUGGCUCUCUUGGGCGGGAAUGCCUCCGCUGAGACCGUCACAGUAACAGUCUACGGCGGUCCUGCAAACCUUUCUGGACCAGGUCCAACAGCAAUCAAUAACACACUCGCCACUGGCAGCGCAUCCAUCACAUCAUCAUCCGCCCAAGUCACAGAGCUUGACCACAACAACCUAACCCCCAUCCCUUUGCUUGUCACCAACAACUGUGCCGAGACUAUCUGGCCCGGCAUUGCAACCCAGAACGGCAUCGGACCGGGAACAGGCGGGUUUGAACUCGGACCGGGAGCCUCGAGACAAAUGUAUGUCAGUCCUGACUGGCAGGGGAGAGUGUGGGGGAGGACGAAUUGCUCGUUCAAUGCCGAUGGUACGGGGCCGAGCAACCUCAAUGGCGUCAAUGGUGCCGGGGCGGCGUGUCUGACAGGUGAUUGUUUUGCUCAGUUGGACUGUCAGUUUACUGGCGCCGUCCCGGUAACCCUAGCCGAGUUCAACCUCAUAGGCGGCAUGGAAGGCAAGCAAACCUUUUACGACAUUUCCCUCGUCGACGGCUACAACAUCCCCCUCGCCAUCAUAUACAUACCCGCCAAGAACACGUCCUGGAUCCCCCCCAACCUGACCAACGCGGCCUGCAUCGCCUCUUCGGGCUACCUCGCGGAACCAGCUAGUACGGGAACCUUCUUCACCAACGCCUCGUUUCCGAUCCCUCUAGAGACUGUACAGACCAACCCCACGGUGGCUAGGUGGUGCCCGUGGGACCUGCAAAAGUACCCCCCCUCCAAGCCGGGCAGCGGGAUUUACCCUUACCCAGACGACAAGAUUGAGCGUCCGGUUUUUGACCCGUGCCUGAGCGCGUGCUCCAAGACGCAGGCGCCGCAGGACUGCUGCACGGGGGAGUUCAACGGGCCGGAGGUUUGCCGGCCGAGCUUGUACAGCGAGAUGGCGAAGAGUGUCUGCCCGGACGCGUACUCGUACGCGUUCGACGACCGGACGAGCACCUUUAUCGUUCCGGCGGGGGGAGGGUGGGAGGUGAGGUUUUGUCCUGUGGGGAGGAGCACGAACAUACUGGAGGUUUUUGGGAAGGAGCUGAGGAGCUUGGCGAGUGGGGGUUGGCAUCCUGACCAGGGGGUUGUUGAGAGGGUUAGGGAGAAGGUCGGGAAUAAGAGUUAUAUUGAGAGUGUCAAUCCUGUGAGGGCGGGGGCGGGAAGGCAGGUGAAGGGAGUGGGAUGGGGGUUGGUUUUGGGGGGGAUGUUGGUUGUGAUUGUUGGGGGGGUGGUGUUUUGA